CCAUCCUAAUUCCUAACACACCACCAAUAUUAUAGGCAUUUUCAAUAUAAUUGUCACCAUCAAUUCUCCUUGCAUUUCUCCAUCUCCUUUCUUCAUCUCUCCGCCUUUUCUUCCCAUUCUUCCCCAAGAAUCAUUACCCCUAAGCUUCUCCUCUCGUUUCUCAGAUUCUUCACGUUGCGAUCUUCUCCUUGCGUUGAGCGAUUGAUUUGAUUUGUUAUAAAUUCAGUCAACCGCUCUCGCAAACAUUUGUUAUAUAUUUUUAAUUUAUCCGAUUUGUUAUCGAAGCGAAUAAUGGCCGAGGAACAAAAAUGUCAGAAGGCAGGAGGCCAUAGUCUCUGCGCCAACAACUGUGGAUUCUUCGGCAGCAGCACCACGCUGAACCUGUGUUCCAAAUGCUACAAAGAUCACUGCAUUAAGGAACAGCAAAUGAAGGAGGCGCACCUCGCGAUGGAAGGAUCUCUCAAGGGGAGAAACUCAUCGGAAUAUUCUUCUUCUUCUUCCUCCUCCUCCUCCUCGUCUUCGUCUCCGUCGCCGGCAGCUGCGGCGCCGGCGGCCUGCGACAGUUCGUCGCGCCCGGAGGAGGUUGGAUCUGCGGAGGCGGCCAUGCCGGGGGCGGGUCCACCCAGGCCCAAUAGGUGCGGCACGUGCCGGAAGCGUGUCGGGCUGACCGGGUUUAAAUGUAGGUGUGGGGUCAUCUACUGCGGGACCCACAGGUACCCGGAGCAGCAUGGCUGCACCUUUGAUUACAAGACCAUGGGGAGGGAAGCCAUUGCCAAGGCCAACCCACUUGUCAAGGCUGAGAAGCUGGACAAGAUCUGAGCCGUCCGAUUCCAUCACAGGGGACAAAGUUGACGGUUAUGAUUUAAUGAUGAAUUAUAAUUCUGGGCCCAGAUGGUAGGGUCAUCGUAGCUGGCCCGCCCGGCUCAACGGUUGUGAUUCAACAUGUAUAUGUGGAAUUAUGCUGUAGUCGGUUGGUUAGUGAUCUGGGGCUUGGAUUAUAUUCCUGUUGCUCAUUGUAUGAACAAUCAAGGACAUAUUAAUGUUGUUUCCAUAAUAAUGUUUAGGACAAAUUUGUUCUUUCUUCAA